AUGCUUAGACUUUCUAGGUGUUGGAUUCCAUGCGGAGAGCCGUCCUUUUACCGUUUCGCUGGAAAAAAGUUGUUGGCCAAGAAGCAGAAGUCUAAUAAGCCAAAAACGCCAAAGCAAGUGCCGACACCAACCACUCAAAGUAAGACCGUGUCGAAGGAGAAAGAAGAGGAAAAAGAGGAAAAAACGGAAAAAACGCAGAAGGCGACGGAGAAGGAGGUAUCCGAUGUUCAAUUCAAUAUCGAUAUGAAAAAGGCGGAUAAGAAGUUUGACGAAUUUGACGAUGACGAGGAGAAUCCGUUGGCUAAGCUUCCAGUGGUGAAGCGGCCAAAAGCACCGAUUCAGAAGAUAUCCAAACAAAAAUCCGUGGCCACCACGCCUGCCACCACCGCUCGUUUAGGACCAAACAUGGAUCAGCCGGAAGAGAAGAAAAUGCAAUCCGAACGACCACUAUUUCCAGUCACCGGCAAUGGAAACGGCUCUUCUUGUUAUGUCAAUUUGAAGUGA